AUGGACGAACAGGGCUUACGAGCGAGAUAUCGCGCAGAGAAGCUAGAAAAGGCCGAACGUGCACACCCAUAUGCUGGACUAGUGGAGCCGAAACCGCUGCCAGACGAUCUGGAUGAGCUUUCAGUGAACGAUUAUCCCACCCCAUCCCAUCUCUCAUCUCAAGCCGAAUACGCCUCAGAUCUAAGAGACCCUCUCAUCGCCCCCGCCAGCUCCUCCUCCCGUACACCGAUCGGAUCAUCAUCAACCACCAAGCGAGCACUCCAGCCUCAUCUUCAGUUCAUGUGCGGCCCCAUGCUCCGAUACGACAGCGUGGACAUCCAGAACCAGACCUGGCUAGGGUUCUGCUGUGUGGUCACUGCGGAUACGGGCAGUGUGUAUGCGCCCAGUCCGAUGCUCCAGAUGCACUGGAACUCCUCGUCCGUCCAACCCGGCUCACAACCUUCGCAAGAUUCGGGAAUAAUCCAACAGGAUGUGACUGCCGAGCGAAUCUACGUCUAUCAUGGCCCGUCCGACUCGUACACCUUCUGGAGAUUCCGACUGGUGAUCCCCAUGGGCGAGCGGGAGACUCGGGUGCGUUACUCGAUCAACCAUGGCGCCCAGAUCGACUUCUGCAUCCCCGCCGUCAACCAAAACUUCCGCUGGGCCGCCCAUUCAUGUAACGGCUUCUCGGCCGGGGUCGACCAGAGCGCGUUCAACGGCCCGGACCCGGUCUGGAACGACCUUCUCGACAGACAUAAAGCCUUACCCUUCCAUGUCAUGAUUGGAGGUGGGGAUCAACUCUAUUGCGACCCGAUCGCUAAGGAACCCGAACUCUCCGGUUGGCUAGAGGAGAAGGAUCAGGAAAUCAAGAAACGCGCCAUCAUGACCCCACCCAUGUCCGUCGCCCUCGAUCGCUUCUUCUUCUCUCAUUAUUGUAAUUGGUUUCGUUCCGGCGCAUUCGGCAAAGCCAUCUCUUGUAUACCCAUGAUUAAUAUGUUGGAUGAUCACGACCUCAUAGACGGAUUUGGAUCAUACCCGGCAGACCUCCAAUGUUCGCCGGUAUUUUCAGCGAUUGGAAACCGGGGCUACUUCUGGUUCUUGUUAUUCCAACUGUUCAUAGUUGACGAAGCGGAUGGGAUCACGGCGAGUUCACCGACGAGUUCGAGUAUCCAUCCGAGUCUGGUUCUGGGCGGCGUGGGUCCCUACAUCCAUUCGCGGAACCACUCGAUCCUGGCUUAUCUGGGCCCGCAGGUCUGGAUCUUGUUGCUCGACUGUCGCUCAGAACGGAUGAAGAAUCAGGUCUGUAGUCCCAACACUUAUCGCAUCGUCCUCGAAGCUUGUCGGCUUCGCAUCCCCACCGGCGUCUUCCAUCUCGUCGUCCAAUUAGGCAUCCCCAUCGUCUAUCCCAGAAUGGUCUUUGCCGAAAAGAUCCUCGAGAACCCAGACCGUCUGGUCUUCAAAGCCAUCCGCAAACUCGGCGUGAUACCCGGCUUUUACAAUAACUUCAAUGCGGAUCCGGAGUUAUUGGACGACAUGAAUGACCAUUGGUGCGCUCAAUCGCACAAAGAAGAACGUAAUUGGUUCAUCCUCAAGUGUCAGACCUUGGCGCUUGAACUUAAGAUCAGAAUCACUUUCUUGAGCGGCGACGUCCAUUGCGCCGCUGUGGGCAGGCUUUUCACUCAUGGUAAACGUCUGAAAGCCGCUCAAGAUCCUAAAUACAUGCUGAAUAUCGUUUCGUCGGCAAUUGUUAAUACCCCACCCCCGGCGGCUUUGAUCAGCAUGAUGGGCGCGCUGUCGCGGGUGACGCACAAGACUCUGGCGAGCUCGCAGACGGAUGAAGACAUGAUUGACGUAUUCAAGUUCGACACCAAUGGGAAAUGCAUGAAAAACCAACGGUUUAUGGCCAGAAGGAAUUAUUGUGCCGUCCGCUUCGUCGACCUUUCCGGCGAGAUGGAGUUCAAUAUCCGCGUCGAAAUCGAGCAAGGUGGUGGCAAAACUAAGGGCUAUCCCGUCUUGGUCCCCCCUCCCAAUUAUCCUCCAGCCCCUUGA